ACAGUAUAUUGUUAGCUCUUCACAAGAAUAAAGUAAAUCUGAGUCUUUUCAAAAAAUGUUUGGACCGUGGGUGAUCGUGUUUUGCCUGACUGUUUCGUUGCAGUUGGUUUGCGGAGGAAUAGGUCAAGAUGAUAGAGGAGCUGAAAAAAUAGAGAACAAACUUCGGCACGAAGUCCAUGAAAUUAUUCACAAAUUAAUAAACGAGCAUGAUCCGAGUCAUGGACACCAUGAGCAUGAUCCUAAGCAUCAUGGGCACACACAUGGACAUGAUAAUCGCAAAGAUGAUAAUAAUUACAGGCGUGGACAAGACCAUAGAGAUGUGCAUGGUGGUCAGAGGCAUCAUGAUGACAAAUACGAACAUAAUCAUCAAACGCAUAUACACGACGCUGGUAGAUAUGGUCAUGACGCUCACAGACUUGGUCAGAGCAACAAGCAUGGACCAAAUGGACAAGGUCACUCGCAUGUUAUUCAUGAAAGCAUUGACCGUGAUCACAAGUAUGAACAUGAACAUGAUGGUCAAAAGUAUUUUAAACAAGAUGUUCUCACAGUCAAUAAGCAUGGGCACAAUGGUCAAAGUCACUCGCAACUUGUUCACGAAACCAUUGAUCGUGAUCGCAAGUAUGAACGUGAACAGGAUACUCAGAAGUAUGAUAAAAAGGAUGCUCUCACAGUGAAUAAGCAUGGACACAGUGGACACGGUCACUCGCACGUCAUUCAAGAAUCCAUUGACCGUGAUCAUAAAUAUGCUGCUGGACGCGAACAACUACAUCAAGAGGAAAAAAAAUACAGCAAUGUAAAAACCAAAGGGCACGAUAUUGAUAACCGACGUGGCCUUGACUUCAACGAUGGGAAAAACGUUAAGAAAAUUAUUGAUAACGACGACAAGAAACAUCAUUCAAACUUUAUAAAACGCAAUUGAAAAUAUUGAUAUUCGAAUAAAAAUUCAU